UGCAGUACACACUGAACUAAUAUUACAGUACGAGUGUGUUAAUUGACAAGUUGUUGAAUUUUUUAUACGCGAUGAACGUAAGAAUCAAAUUUGGUUUGCUUCUAAUAAUUUUUUCACAAACAAGUUCCAAAAAAAUUGACGUAGAUAAUAAAAGCACUUCAAGGAACACAGAAAGUAUUAAAUAUGAAACAACUGAGAUUAUUUCUACAAUACUACCAACAACAAACGAAAUUUCAACAAUUGAGGCCCAUAAUAGCGAUAAUUUAAAAGCGUUGGCUUCUGAGACUAUUCCUGAAAAAAAAUUAGCCCCACAAGGUACAGAAAAUAAUGAAGGUAAAGAAUCAGAAUCAAAAUCUGAGCCUUCACAAGAAGAAACAACAACCCAUUCUGAAACAGAAAAAUCAACAACGGAAGAAAAUAGUACAGAAAAAAUUGUUUUGAUCGGCAAAAUUUUAGACGCCAUUAAAAAAUCAAACUUUACGCAAAUCCACAUCAAAAAAACUUCCCCAAUCUUACCAAAAAGACGCAAAAGACGCGAAGCCGACCCUUGCAAACCAAAAGGGCCCUCCUGUUCCAAAGAAGGCACUUUCCGCUUCAAACAAAACUGCAAGAAGUACUAUGUUUGCUACUUCGACACCAAAUGCAAAAAACUCCUCCCGAAAACCUACACCUGUCCCAAAUGCCUCAAAUUCAACGCCCAGAAAAACAUCUGCGACCUGGCUGAAAACGUCCCCGAAUGCUCCAACUCAAACAGCGAACCCAAAAAAUAUUGCACAAGUCCUGGCCGUUUUUUCGUCCCGGAUAAUUGCCAAAAGUACUACAAUUGUACCGCCAAUGGCAGUUUAAUCGAUUUGACCAUGGGGACGUGUCCCCCAGACACGGUUUUCAACCGCAAGGAACUGAAAUGCGUCAAAGGGGCGAAAUGUAACCAGUCGGGCCCAAACUGUGGCUCAGAUGAUAGCUACUCAAUGGAUAAGUUUGAUUGUGGCAAGUUUUAUUACUGCGCUACAAAAAACUUUUCGGUGCCGCUUUACUGCCCCUCGUCCUACGUUUUCAACAAUAAGGUCUGCGAAAAGUGGGAAUUGAUUAAACCAAAGUGGAAUAAUCUAAAAUCGCAAAAAGGCAAGAACAAGUAAUUAUGGGUUAUUACAUUGCUAACUGAAGUUUUAAUUAAUAAAAAAUACAUUUCCAAAAA